AAGCAGAAGACGGCAUACGAUCCUAGGUUCCCUAAUCAGAACCAAUCCAGAUACUGUUACCAGAGCUACGUAGAUUUUCACCGGUGCAAGAAGAAGCACAACGAAAAUUAUGAGGCUUGCCAGUACUUCAAAAGGGUCUAUAAGUCAAUGUGCCCGAACGCCUGGGUAGAGAAGUGGGACGGACAGGUCGAAGCGGGCACGUUUGCUGGUCGAAUCUAGAAUUUCCAGCGGUUGAUACACACCGCAUCCGCUUAUCAUCUUAGUGAACUUUUCAAAACAGUCGAACAGGGCUCUAGGAUCGUGUCAUUUCCUGUUUGUAAAAUAUAAGUCAAUAAUCUUAAAUAAAUCUAAUGACACUUCA